AUGAGUCGCUUGGAGGCGGAGAACCUCAUCGCCAACGCGUAUCGCGCUCCUGCCACUGACAGCGUCCGUGAGAACGCAACUGCGACCGUCUCGAGCGGAUCCAAGCUGCGUACGUUGGCGCGGCUACCGUCGCGCAACACUGCAUCGUCCAAUGAUUUCUAUCUGCAGCAGUCAGGCGUUCAGUUCUACGUAGACGACCUGGUACGCCAGUUACAGGACAAGCGCCCGGAUCAGCCGGCACACUUCAUCGCCAAUUAUUUUGCCGCAGUUGCCAAAGGAUCCAAUGUCAAAAACCGGUCGUUCGAGUACGUCAACGGCUGUCUGCAAAACCGUGCGUCCUUCCUUGCUCAAUUGCAGCGCAGCUACGCAAAGAUCGACCACGAUAUGAUGCUGUCGGUUAGAGAUUUCACAGAAAUGCUUCAUUGUCAGUGCAGCGACUUGCCAACACAAUUAGUACGGCAAGCGACCGGCCACCUGCCUGAAAACGAAGAUGACCAGCGACGAGCAUCGCUGCGAACGUUACUAACAGCUUUCAGUGCAUGCUUCUUUUUCAAUGUUUUUGAACAAGGCGCACGAUAUCUACAACGAAAAUGCGGCAACCAAAGACAGAAAUUCAGCAUUCCGCCCAUGAUUGAGGUGGAGAAAAUCGCCAUGAAGAGCUCUAGCUUCAAGGAGUUCUGCCACUUGUUCUAUGAUAGUCCGGUACUCAUCGACUACAUUUCAAACCUUCAACUCGCCUUUCAGAAGCUGGCUACAUUGGCAAAACGAAACUAA